UGCGUUCAUUCAUUCCAUGCGGCGCUCAUUUACUUUACGUUACGUUUUGUGGGUGGAAAAUAAUAGUAAUAUUUAUAAUACAGGUUGUUUUGCAGAAAUUAAAAACAUUUUUAUGAACCAAGUAGCACCUUUUUAAUAGAACCAAAAGACUCUUGUAUGUUCCUUCAAUGUAUUCAUAGCAAGUUACAUUCUUAUCGGUUUGUCAUAACUUUUUGUUUUGUAAGUUUUAUGUUGACAAACUUCAGGUAAAUUAAAAUGGAUAAUGAAUUUGUGGAUAUAUCUACUAGCUUAAAAUUACAACUUGGCUACGGAAUUGGUCAUAUAUUAAACGAUGUGUGUGCUAGUCUGUGGUUUACAUAUUUUUUGGUGUUUUUUCAUUUAGUCUUAGAAUUUAGUGCUUCACAAGCAGGUAAUUUAAUGUUGAUAGGGCAAGUGGUCGACGCAUUAUCGACCCCAUUCGUAGGAUAUAAUUCAGAUCGUACUGACAACUCUGUAAGUGUAAGAUAUGGCAGAAGAAAAUUAUGGCACUUAUUUGGAAGUGCAUGCACUUUGGCAUCAUUCCCAUUCAUAUUCUCAGAAUGUUUGGGGUGCUCAGUGGCUCACAAAUGGGCGCAAAUGUUUUAUUAUGCUGCAUUCAUCAUGAUAUUUCAAAUUGGGUGGGCAGCUGUGCAAAUAUCUCAUCUGAGUUUAAUACCAGAGCUGUCUGAAGAUGACCAUACAAGAAAACAACUUACUGCUGUCAGGUUCGGGUUCACAGUAUUUUCAAACCUAUUUGUUUAUAUCAUCACAUGGAUUGUUCUGCGCGUCACUGGAGAAUGUGAUAAGGAGCAAGUAGGACCAACGGACGCUUGGAAGUUUAAGAACAUAGUUUACAUUGUAAUGGGAACGGGUACCGUUGCAGUGAUUUUGUUCCACUUAAUUGUACAUGAAAAACCUUACAGACGAAAUGAGCAACUAGUAGAGAGUACAAGCAACAGGACCCAUUGUGGCUUCCUCCGUCAACCGUUGAUGUACCAGGUGGCAGGAGUAUACAUGACAACGAGACUCGUAGUAAACGUGUCUCAGGUACUCAUACCGCUAUAUCUUCACCGGACAUUGGGCCUAGCGGCGCGCGCGUUGGCCGUGGUGCCGCUGGCAAUGUACCUGGGAAGCCUGGCAGCAGCUGGUGUUCAGAGACUGACCCCAAGGUCUAUAACACGCAAGCUCAGUUACCUGACAGGAUCUGCAUGUGCUUUGACUGGUUUCAUGUGGGUCUAUUUCGGAUCCGAUCAUGUGUACAAACAUGACUUAAUCUAUGUAGUAGCAGUAUUAAUUGGUUUUGGUGGUGCUGUAAUGUUAGUGACAAGCCUGGCUUUGACGGCGGACCUAGUUGGCGCUAGAACAGAAGCAUCCGCCUUUGUAUACGGUCUCAUGAGCUUCACUGAUAAGUUGGCGUGCGGCGUUGCUAUCGCGCUAAUACAGCUCUAUGCGGACGGCGCGGAUGCUACUUACUACCGCGAUGCGUUGUCCUGGGUUUGCGGCGGCGCUUGUACUUUAGGCCUCGUACUUACUUUGUUAUUGCCCAAGUUUAACCAGGAGAAUCUCAUUAAUGACAAUUCUUCAGUGAAUUCAACAGAAGAUGUUGCUGCUCCUCUAGAUAUAUGAAACAUUUGAUAGUACUUAGUAAAAUGAUAUUUAUUAGUUAAUGUAAAAGCACAAAGUGAUAAUCAUUACCCCUACAUGUAUAUAAUAAAAACGUAUUACGAGAUUUAAUAUAUUUUGACAAAUCUUUCAACUUUACUUUUGUGAUAUAAUUGUAUUUC